AAUCUCUCUAACUCAUCUUCCAUCUCUUUCCUAGCUCCUGCACAUUUCGGCCUUGAAGUCAAACCUACACAUUUGAGAGAAUCUUCUUUCUUCUUAAACUCUAUAUCCAAAUCCAAUUGAGCAAUUUUUCAAGGUGGCUCCAAAUUUUUAAUGAGGAGAUAAUGAAGUUAUUUGGUAUAGUUUUGAUGUAUAUGAUUAAGCAAUAAGGUUCUUUAUUCUAACUUUACCAUAAUUAAGUCCUACAAAGAUGUUGGUUUUCAAGACAGAUAAAGAAAUGCAAUUGAGAAGGAAUUUUAUGGUUCUUGGUGGUAGAUACCAAGUUAUUUGGCAAGGAUUCAAGGCUGAGAACACCAUGGGAUGAUCAUCAUUUACAUAGAUGAUGGAUUUACAAGAUUAUUGGAUAUUAAGAUUGGUUUUUGUUGUAUAUGUUCUUUGUGUCUACAUAUUUAUCAGAUCAGCUUCUGCAAGUGAAGGGUUUGAGAGCAUAGCAUGCUGUGCUGAUUCAAAUUAUACAGAUCCAGUGACCACCUUAAAUUACACAACAGAUUACAGUUCUUUCCCUGAUAAGAAAAGUUGCAGGCACCUAUCUGAAACCGUGUUACACCAAAUUAGAGACGAAAAUUUUCGAUUGUUUGAUAUAAAUGAGGGCUUUGAUGUUUCAGUAGGGGUAACUCAAUUAAGCAGAGUGAGAUCAUUCAGGUCUCAGGACUUAGAAAUAGAGGGAGCUUUCAGGGCCACACAAAACUUCACAGACUUCUGCUUAGUGAAAAGGGUGGGUAGUCCCUAUAUUUCGCAGCUCGAAUUAAGGCCACUUCAUGAAGAGUACCUGCAAGGUUUACCUGCUAGUCUUCUGAAACUGAUAACCAGAAAUAACCUUGGAGGCAACAUCAGUUUCAGGUACCCUGUUGACAAGAGUGAUAGAAUAUGGAAAGAAACUUCAAAUUCAUCAUCAUCAGCUCUUGCAUUAUCUUUAAACAUCACCAAUUUUGAUCCCAAAACUAGUAUCUUCCCUCCCCUGCAAGUCCUACAAACUGCUCUUACCCACUCUGAGAGGUUGGAGUUCAUCCACAAUGUCCUCAACACCACGGAUUAUGAAUAUCGCAUGUUUCUCUACUUCCUUGAAUCAAAUAGUACUCUCAAAGCAGGACAAAGAGUGUUUGACAUCUUUGUUAACAGUGAGAUCAAAGAGGGAAGAUUUGACAUAUUGAAUGGAGGGUCCAACUACAGAUACACUCUCUUAAAUGUAUCAGCAAAAGGAUCAUUGAACCUAACCUUGGCCAAGGCAUCUGGUUCCGAGAAUGGACCACUUCUGAAUGCUUAUGAGAUCAUGCAGGUACACCCAUGGAUUGAAGGGACCAACCAAACAGAUGUGGAAGUGAUUAAAAAGGUAAGAGAACAGUUAUUGGUGCAAAACCAAGACAAUAAAGUGCUUAAGAGUUGGAGUGGAGACCCUUGUAUUCUUUCCCCAUGGCAUGGAAUAACAUGUGAUCAUUCAAGUGGUCCAUCUGUUAUCACUGAUUUGGAUCUUUCCUCCAGUGAUCUCAAAGGACCAAUUCCUUCCAGUGUCACUGAGAUGACCAACUUGAGAACACUGAACCUGAGCCACAAUAGCUUCACUGGUGAAAUCCCCUCCUCAUUUCCACUUUCUUCCUUGUUGACAUCAAUAGAUGUGAGUUACAAUGAUUUAGAGGGAUCCCUUCCAGAAUCCAUUUCCUCACUGCCAAAUUUAAAAACACUAUAUUUUGGUUGCAAUGAACAUUUGAAGGAAGACAUUCCACCAAAAUUGAGCAGUUCACUAAUCCAGACAGAUGGCGGAAGAUGCACGGAAGAAGACUCCAGACUUGAUCAAGUAGUGGUUAUUAGUGUGGUUACAUGUGGAUCACUAUUGAUUACUUUGGUUAUUGGAGUUAUUUUUGUUUGCUGUUAUAGACAUAAACUAAUUCCAUGGGAAGGAUUUGUUGGAAAGAGAUACCCAGUGACAACAAACUUAAUUUUCUCUUUGCCAAGCAAAGAUGACUUCUUCAUAAAGUCUGUGUCAAUUCAAGCAUUCACUUUGGAAUAUAUAGAGGAGGCAACAGAGAAGUACAAGACGUUGAUAGGUGAGGGAGGGUUUGGUCCAGUUUACCGGGGCAUGCUAGACGAUGGUCAAGAAGUGGCAGUGAAAGUCCGGUCAGCCACGUCGACUCAGGGAACUCGAGAAUUUGACAAUGAGCUAAACUUACUCUCUGCAAUACAGCAUGAGAACCUUGUGCCUCUUAUUGGUUACUGCAAUGAAAAGGAUCAACAGAUUCUCGUGUACCCUUUUAUGUCCAAUGGCUCUUUGCAGAAUAGACUAUAUGGGGAACCAGCAAAGAGAAAAAUAUUAGACUGGCCAACUAGACUCUCAAUCGCACUUGGUGCAGCUCGAGGGUUGGCAUAUCUUCACACAUUUCCGGGACGUCCUGUAAUACACAGGGACAUAAAAUCUAGCAAUAUACUCCUGGAUCAUAGCAUGUGUGCAAAGGUUGCAGAUUUUGGGUUCUCAAAAUAUGCUCCACAGGAAGGAGACAGUAAUGUUUCACUUGAAGUAAGAGGAACUGCGGGCUAUUUGGAUCCAGAGUACUAUACAACCCAACAGCUAUCGGAAAAGAGUGAUGUCUUCAGCUUUGGUGUGGUACUACUUGAAAUUGUGAGUGGUCGAGAACCUCUCGACAUAAAGAGGCCACGAAAUGAGUGGAGCUUGGUUGAAUGGGCUAAGCCAUACAUAAGAGCAUCAAAGAUAGAGGAAAUUGUGGAUCCUGGAAUCAAGGGAGGAUACCAUGCAGAAGCAAUGUGGAGAGUGGUGGAAGUGGCACUGCAAUGUAUUGAACCAUUCUCCGCGUACAGGCCAUGCAUGGAUGACAUUGUCCGUGAGUUGGAGGAUGCUCUGAUCAUAGAAAACAAUGCAUCGGAAUACAUGAAGUCCAUAGACAGCCUCGGAGGAUCAAACCGCUACUCUUUCGUCAUGGAUAAGAGGGUUCCGCCCUCUACUUCAUCUACUGCAGAAUCUACCAUCACAUCACAAACCUUGUCCCUCCCACAACCAAGAUAGUAGAAUGGGUCAAUGAAAUUUUUUAUGAUUCAUUGAUUAUUGGUUUAGCCAUUAUCUUAUUAUUCUGAAAUGGCAAACCAGAGAAUAUACUUGUGAAUGUACUUUCAUCCAUUCUAUGCAUCUUGAAACGACUACUCUCUUGCUCA